AUGCCUAGUUCUAUGUUAAGAACUGUUUUGCGGCUAUCCGUAUGGAUUUUGCCGCUGUUGGUUUUCAACAACUGUAACACGGCGAAUACGCAUCUGCAGGACACCUCAGGUGAAAGGUUAGCCCACGCCACUUUCUACAUGACGCUGUACAGUGAUCGUCUAGAAUGGAUAGCAUUUGGUUUGGCUGAUAAACUUAAAAAUUCUACCGGUCUAGAAGCAUGUCUUGUGAAUGUAGGUUUGUUGGUGAAGGUUACGUGA